GAAAGUGAUUUCGGAAAACGAGAAGAGAGAGAGAAAGACAAAUAGAAGAAGCUGCAUUUGCAGAGACGCCCUGAGAGAGAGAAUUGGAAGGUUGCGACGAGUGAUGAUAUACACAUAUUGUGACGGUAGUGAAAUCGAGGAAAAAGAGGUAGCAAUUUGCGAGUUGCAAUGAGUAACGAAAAGGCUCCUUCAUCAGCUUCUUCGAGUAGCUACGAGUUGAGCAAAGGCAUCAAUGGCCUCGACAAGGUUAUUCUUCGCGACGCACGUGGUAGCUCCGCUGAGGUGUACUUGUACGGUGCUCACGUGACUUCAUGGAAGAAUGACCAUGCCGAGGAAUUGCUUUUUCUCAGUAGUAAGGCUAUCUUUAAGCCUCCAAAGCCAAUUCGUGGAGGGAUCCCAAUAUGUUUUCCUCAAUUUUCAAACCUCGGUCCUCUCGACUCACAUGGAUUUGCUAGAAACCAAUUCUGGACAAUUGAUGAUUCCCCUCCUCCUUUUCCAACAAGUACUUCGAAUAAAGCCUUUGUUGAUUUGAUUCUUAAACCCUCAGAAGACGACAUCAAGAUUUGGCCUCACAGUUUUGAAUUUCGUCUUAGGGUAGCUCUUGGACCUGGAGGAGAUCUGUUGAUGACAUCUCGGAUCAGGAACACUAACAUUGAUGGGAAGCCAUUUUCAUUCACAUUUGCUUAUCAUACAUAUUUCUCUGUGUCAGAUAUAAGUGAAGUGCGGGUUGAAGGAUUAGAGACAUUGGAUUAUCUUGACAACUUGCAGAAAAGGGAACGCUUUACUGAACAGGGGGAUGCUUUAACAUUUGAAUCAGAAUUUGACAGGAUAUAUCUCAGCACUCCUACAAAGAUUGCAAUUCUUGAUCAUGAGAAAAAGAGAACAAUUGUAUUGCGUAAAGAUGGUCUUCCUGAUGCUGUGGUGUGGAAUCCUUGGGAUAAGAAAGCAAAGGCUAUAUCUGAUUUCGGUGAUGAUGAGUAUAAGUACAUGCUUUGUGUAGAGGCUGCUGCUAUUGAAAAGCCUAUCACUUUGAAACCUGGUGAGGAAUGGAAGGGAAGACUAGAACUUUCAACUGUUUCUUCUAGUUAUUGUAGUGGACAGCUUGAUCCCAAAAGAGUUAUUCAAGGAAGCUGAAAGAUCAUCGUUGUGUUUUGUGUCCUGUACAGGUAGCUUGUUGCCACCACGAUGAACGUUGAAAGGAAAGUGUCUCCAACAAUUUCCCCCCUUCAUGUUCCACUUAAACCUUCUUCAUGUUGGACGGAUGAACUCAUGUAUAGAGUUUUGUUAAAUAAUAUUUUCCUGUAACGGAUGACUAGUUCGGUCAUAAUUGACGUAUAAGUAGAAUAGCCUUCAGUUGUUUAUGGAAAAUCAAACUAAAAUCUCAAAUUUUAUUUGAUUUUCACGUUGGGUUCUCGUACUCAUAUGAAAUGUUUAUUAUCACAUAUCAUAGGCAAUGAAUGCAUGUAUUUGACAGGAUCGUUUUACAACACUACAAUUUGGCCUGUA